AUGACAGCGAGACACAACACCGACCGACUUCCGCCUCAAUCGGAGACUCGAGAGAGGCGAAUGCGAUGAGACUAUCUCUGGCCGAAGAAGAGGUGCGUGGCGCCAAGGGACGAGUGGAGUCUACGGCAAGAGGAGAACCGGGAAUGGUGGGUUUGGGCUUACUCUGAUGGCAGGCGUUGGUGGGGCGGCCGAGCGGGCAGAUGCAUUCGCCGGUCUCGAAGUGGCACUCUUCGCAGCCCAUGCAGCGUCGGGCGCACUGGUCGCCGAAAUAACCUCUCGGACAGACUGCAGCAAAAGGAGGAGGCGAUGGGUGUGGAGGAAGAAGGAAAGAAAGAAUGGGCAAACGAGGGCGAGUCAAUGAGAAGGUGA